AUGGAAGCUUCACAUUUGCAAAUAUACUGGCACGACUCACAGCCUGUUUACUCGCUGACAUUUCAAAAGAGCAAUUCGAAUGACAAACUGUUCACAGCUGGUGGUGAUAAUAAGGUCCGGAUAUGGAAAUUGAACAGAGACGGAAAUGGUGAAAGCGCGGGGGUACGUAGGAUUGAGAGCAUGGACUUUCUUGGAUCACUGACACAUCACGAGCAGGCCAUCAAUGUGGUCCGCUUCAAUUCGCACGGUGACGUACUGGCCUCGGCAGGUGACGACGGCCAAGUACUACUGUGGAAGCAAGAAGAUCCGAAUAAGAAGCAAGAGUCGGUGAUGAGGCCCUUUGGAAUGGAUUCUGAGACAGGGGAGGCAGAUGAGAACAAGGAGAAAUGGGUUGUGUGGAAGCGGCUGCGUGGCCGCAGUGGUGCCGCUGCAGCGGCAGAGAUUUACGAUCUGGCAUGGUCGCCCGACAACAGAAACAUUGUGGUAGCAUGUAUGGACAAUUCGAUACGGCUGUUCGAUGUGGAGACCGGGACGCUGGUAUGCAGCCAGUCAGACCAUGGUCACUACGUACAAGGCGUGGCGUGGGAUCCGUUGAAUCAGUUUAUCCUUUCACAGUCUGCAGACCGGUCGUUGCAUGUGUAUGAAGUCAUUAAUUCGCGCGCUGGAAUGGUGACAGGGUUGAAGCUAAAGAGCAAGAUCAUCAAGGCGGAACUACCCUUCCCAGGCGAUGUGCUGAGAACGAAUUACCUGUUUCACAACGAGACACUACCCUCGUUCUUCAGGAGGUGCAGCAUCUCCCCUUGUGGCGGUUUAGUCGUAGUCCCCACUGGUGUGUGCAAAGUUGGCGAUGAAGAAGCCACGAACUGCAUAUACGUGUACACUAGAUCAGGAAUACUGAACGGAGUUGGCGGCGUGAAAAACAGGCCUUCGAUCAGAAUCCCAUCCUUGAAGAAACCAGCGCUAAUGGUGGCCUUCUCACCCGUAUUCUACAAAACAAGCCAGCAAAGCGUGUUCAAUCUUCCCUAUAAGUUAGUAUUUGCCAUAGCAACAACGAACGAGAUUCUUGUGUACGACACGGACUUAUGGGAGCCGCUAUGCGUGGUGGGCAACAUUCACUACUCGCCCAUAACGGAUCUAGCAUGGUCUGGAGACGGCUCAACGCUGUUAGUGUCAUCAACAGACGGAUUCUGCUCAUAUGUGUCGAUCGAUACCGAGACGCAGUUUGGUACAAGGAUAGAGCCUCCAGCCCUGCGUACGGAGCAACUGGAGACCAAUGACAGCACAGUAGCCGCUAAGAACCAGAGCGAUUCGGGUGGAAUCAUAAAUAUGCUACCCGCAAAAAAGGUCACCGGCGAUAGUAACGAUAAUAAAAAGAGGCGCAUUCAACCAACGCCGGUCGACUUGUGA